GUUUGGCCUUCUCGGAACAAGUUUUUUCUGCAAGGGCACCAUGAUGACAGGUGGUGAAACUGAAAUGGGAAUCACUCCCAACUGCUCAGUCCCAAACCUUUGCGUUUGGACCUGCAUUUUGGCGCCGUGCUCUCUUUACUUCAUUUGGGUCUUUCCACAUCUUUGGAAAGAAGGCUGCUAUGCUCUCCCGCUUGCAACGUUGGCUGUAUUUGUCAUGGCCACUGGGUUCUUGCUGGCAACUUGCUGCUCCGAUCCGGGCAUCAUUCCGAGACGAGAGGUCGUCAUUGCAACAAAGACUGCAAAGCAGCUGCAAGAACAGCUUGGAUAUGAUAUGCUUUGUACGGACUCGGUGCCGUUGGACGGCAGGGGUGGAGGUGGAAGAUUGCCGCAGGAGCUGACAAGUCGAGGGUACCGAUGGUGCAGGACAUGCAGAAUCGUAAGGCCUCCCCGCUCCUCGCAUUGUCCCGACUGUGACAACUGCGUGAUGCGGUACGACCAUCAUUGCCCCUUUGUCAACAAUUGCGUCGGACAGCGAAACUAUCAUUUCUUCUUUGGAUUCGUCACUUCGGUCUUGUGUUUGGCGAUGAUGGUUCUUCCUGUACUGUUCUGGUUUCUGAACAGCGAGAAUUUCGAGUUGGCCGUGGACGGCAUGAUCCACGUGAGUAGCGGUGCCCUUCAGCCGGUGUUCUAUGCAUUGAUUGCGCUGGGUGCUCUGGUUGGCAUUGCAACCCUGCUUUCGUUUGUUUUGUGGGUUUACCACGUAUUUCUUAUCGCCACCAAAAGGACAACCAAAGAGUUUCGGCGAAACCUUUCAAACAUUGCAGAGGAGCCGACUCUUUGUGCUUCUCGUGGGCCACGACUUUUUGAUCCUUGGGCACUGGUGGACCCUCGUGAUCUCAUUCGAACUGACGAAGCUCCUCCACCAACUCCAAGCAACUUUUGCCAGGAUAUUUGGAGUACAUGCUUCGGGGACGACUACAACUGAAACAUGUUCAGAGCGCGCUGAACAGUCCGGCCCGCCAGAAGACUCCUGCUUCGUUUCACUGGCCAAGAAAUUGGAGAGAACAUAUUUGAUUGGAAGAAAGUUUAGGCACUGCUGCUACCACAAAGAACUUGUGUAAUGUGAAUUCCUUGCAGGCUUGUUUUGAGUCAAAUCCACUUGCGUGCCGC